UCUAAGUACAGGUGUAGUAGUAAAAGCGCACAACCUCUAUUAAUUUGUCUCUUCUUAUAACACUGUGUGCAUAUCUAGGAACCUGAGGCUGUUAGAGACUAUUAGGUCCUCUGCCAUUCAUGGCAGCUGGCGCAAAAAUGCGCAACCGUGUGGUUUGCCAUUGUAUGCGUGAUUGUGUGUGACAAACGGUGCGCUGUCAUUGUUGAGAAAUACUCUCGAUAUUGUCCCUGAGAAUGGCAUCAUCCAGCAGCUCUACUAUCGAUUCACUUCCUACCCCCAUGGUUUCCUUUGGAAAAACGGCCCCUCCCUCUAUUCGACAUCGGCAAGGUCAAGAUCCUCUUUCAAAGUUGAAUUUCACCACUUCAAUUUGGAAAAUUCCUGAUCCCUUCAACAUCUCCAUCAACUUCAUACUAAUUAUAAAGCCACUGGAAAGGUAAGAAAAAAAAUGGAGGUCAAUAAGAACAACUUCUUCUGGGCGCUGCCAGGCAUCCUGGAAGAUAUUCAAAAAUCCCGGUUCGUCGCCAUUGAUGUAGAGAUGAGUGGCAUCUCUAGUACUCUAGGCCAUGCCAGCCAGAAAGAAUCCAUGCAAGACGCGUAUACCAAGGCCAAAGACGCCGCGGAGAAUUUCCAGGUAUUACAGAUUGGUUUUACCUUCGGCCGCUUCGACGAGAGAUCGUCGGAAUACGUGACACGAACCUACAGUUGUUACGUCUCACCGUUGAUCCCAAAGGGCUCUUUUCCUGAUGGACUGGCUCGGCAUCUCGAUCGGAAAUUCAGCAUUUCUCUGAAGUCAUAUGAGUUUCUACGACAUCAUAAGUUUGACUUCAUGGAAGCCCUAGACAACGGCAUUCCUUAUCUGAGCCGUGAGGAGCAGAAGUAUGCCCAUCAGUUCUUCUCGACCAAAGACAGCAAUAAUGACAAUAUUGAUCUGUCGACACUUGACGUAGCGUCACGGCAAUUUUGCUACUACGUCAAGGAAAGGAUCGAGGCAUUUGUUGGUUCAGGAUGCCCGAAGGGAAAAGAAACUAUCAUCAAGAACCCUUUCGGAGACAAGCUAAACGGUUUGCAAAUCCGGCUGAUACACCAACUUCUUCGUCAAAAUUUUCCCGGACUCGCCGCCAAAAAGAUACUUACUGGCCCUAUGACAGGCCUCAUCUCUAUCAUCCCCGCAGAUCAAGCCGAGAACGAAGCCAACACUCGGCGGCGCCAGAAGAGCAAAGACGCAGCUUCUCUAUCUGGACUCCAGAUCAUAUUCGAAGCGUUGUCCGGUGGAUCCUUUGCCGACGCGAUCAACCCAGACUGGACUUCCCAAAGCCCCUGGGGCUCCAAGGGUAGAAAACCAGACCGGCGACAUAACACCGAGAAGUUCGACUUCAAGAAGUGUGAGGCUAAAUUGAAGCAGAACCGACCGAUUCUAGUCGGCCACAACAUGUUCUACGAUCUAGCCUUCAUCUACCACACUUUCUUUGAGCCACUCCCGGAAAAAGUCGAUGAUUUCCUUACCCGCAUCCACGGCCUCUUCCCGCGCAUCGUGGAUACCAAGUUCAUGCACAUGAAGGGAAAGUCCAUGAUGGCGCCGCGCCAGGCAUUGCAUGACCUCCAUGCCGCGUACUCCACCCAGCAGUUUCCAGUCGUUCGCAACGUAAAGAGCCCUGGCACACCUGCGGCCGGCCCUCACAAUGCCGGAUAUGAUAGCUCCUCGACGGCGACUCUGUUCCUGAAACAGUCCUACACCACCUUCAUGAAGUCGACGUCCUUGGAACUGGAGACCCAGGAUGAUUCCUACAAGCCCAACGCAUGGGGCCCUCAAGGCUUGGGACAGCCGAGUCGUCCCGCCGCCACAAGUUCCUACGGUGCGGACGUAUGGGGCGAAACCGGCGGCGCCACCCUCCUCGAGCGAGACGAAGCGGAAACAAAAAAGUCGCUGCAGAAGUGGACCGUCCUCUCCACAAACAGACCCACGUCCCGAUUUGCGAUGCCGGCUGCUCCCCCCGCAGUCCCAAAGCCGCUGCCGCAAACCCAGGCCAAGCCCGCUCAAGCCCGCUCCGAGCCAAUGUCGGGUGAGAUAUACUCCCAGAUGGAGGAGUAUAUCAUUCCCCCUUGGACGCACGGAUUCUGGCGGGCGUAUGGCAACAAGACGUCCGUCCCGGGAAUUGGCGGCGUCUCGUUUGUCUAGAGAUGCCCGCCUAUCUAGUGGGUAGGUAUUGGAGAAUGGGGUCCUCUCGGAUCGUUAAUAGGGAUGCUAGGAAGGUAUACAGGGACUCUUCGAGGCUUAUCUGGGCGAGCAUUCCAAAGUUAGGCUUGGGAUGACUACGCAGUGGACGAUUUUCGAACAGAACCUUGACGACUUGCGUGAUGUAACUAUAGUGGAUGAUACCAAGGGGGGUGGGUGGAUU